UCCUCUACAGUAGAGUAUAUAUAAGAGCUCAGAUACAGACAUCUCAAAGUCGUCGAUCAUACAACAGUGAAUUAACAUCAUAAAAAUGAUGAAGGCCUGGUUUGUUCUGUUACUGCUGUUGCCUAUCUGCACGGGUGGCAAUCUUGACAACAUACACUUCACACAGUCAUUCAUUGAACAUCGUCUUAUAUCAGCUGACUAUUAUAUUGAAUGCUAUGGGGAGGAUUUUCUGAUGGUGAGGAACAUGGUUCUUCAGUGCAGAAGUAAAGUUCCUCAAGCCUGUUACACCAGAGAAACUGGAGAGAAAGGCUGUGUAAGCUUGGAUUUCUGUGAAAGCAAAGGCUGGAAAUGUUGCCAAGAGCACCACUGCAAUGCUUAAAGUUUACAUCAGUGAAAAAGCUGCUAAAGACCACGUGUUAUGUCUCGAUUGCCACUUUUAAAUCUUUUAGUUUGAUUUAAAUGAAAGAUUUGAUUUCUCUAUCUGAUCAGCUUGUGAUAUAAAGGAUGUGUUAUCUUUAAUACAACUGCAGAAAUGGA